CUCUUCUCUUGUUUACAUUUCGUAAUGUAAUUACCGUGUAAAAUAAAUUUCAAGUAGUUAAUUGAAAAACCUAAAAAAAUUGAAACAAACUAGUCAUAUAGUUCAGUUCUGUUCCCGACAAAAUGAAUUGUGUAAAGCAUAUACACUUUCUUCGAAGGUUUCAAUUACUUAAAGCAUCUGGAACUUGGAGACAAUAUGCCUCAUCCUCUGUUCCCACAACCAAGCUCUUCAUAGAUGGAAAUUUUAUUGAAUCGAAGACAACUGAGUGGAUUGAUCUGCACAAUCCAGCAACAAAUGAAGUCAUUACAAAAGUGCCAAAAUCUACGCCAUCUGAAAUGGAAAUGGCAGUUUCAUCAGCUAAAGAAGCAUUCAAAAGCUGGUCACAAACAUCAAUUUUAUCUCGGCAACAAUCCAUGUUUAAACUCCAGCAUUUGAUUAAGGAAAACAUGGAAAGGUUAAAGGAAAGUAUUACUUUGGAACAAGGAAAGACUCUUGUUGAUGCAGAAGGAGAUGUCCAUCGUGGUUUACUCUAA